AUGGCUCUGCCUGCCAAAAUCGUGCCUGAUGUGACGCUAGUGUCGCCGUCUUCAAAGAAAUUGGUGGAACAUGGGCAGCGUUGCCAGACUUCAGACAACGCUUGGCUGCUCAAGGGUUCAUUUUGGAGGAGAAAAUUUCCUUGGCUGCGGGCAGGUUUUGCGGGCAAUAGCAACAUUUUGACAGUGGGGUGCAAAAUUUGCGCGCUGCAUGCUGCCAAGUUUACUGCAGCCGGGAGUGAUACUUCGCAGCUUUCCCCUUAUGCCACUUUCUCAGUUCGGCCCGAAGUCACUUGGAAGAGCUGGAGGUUUCGGCACCAUGCCCAAUCCAAGUACCACAUUGCCGCUCAUGCAGCUGAUCCAACUUCUCAUGCCCCUGCUGCUGAAGAAUGGCAAGACCUCGUGCGCAAGCUGAGCAGAGGACAUUCUCAGCGCGACAAAGGGGACGGAACACCAUCGACCCGAACCAAGUUGAUGCACUAUUGCCUUUCCGAAGCUAUCUUGCACGCUUACCGCGUCUUCCUGGCCAGUGCCCAAAGCAUCACUCUGAUGCGGGAUGAAAGACAAGGCCGCUUGCUGCUGCGAUUUAGGGCAGUGGAUGCGAACUUGCGAGUCUGCAGCGGCUGCAUUGGGCAGCCUCGCCUGGUUGAAGGGGCUUGCAUGAGACUGCUGAAACGGCCUUGGCAUGUCAUGGAUGACGUGAAAGACGCUGUUAGCAGCACAGUCACCAACAAAGAAUCCUUGGCGCAAAAGAUUUUCCACUCCCCGAACUAUUCAUUUUGGCUGCAAGAAGCCAUUGCCAAAGGUGCCGGCCCCCAGACCAGCAGCUUAUCGGCGGCAAAGCACCGCUUCGCGUCCUUUGCCAAACCUCUUGGGAGAUUUUGUUUGAAUAUGAGACCGAUAUUUGAUGUAUUACACAAAAUUUUGGCUUUGAAGGAAGACUGUGACUGGCUGCACAAGUGGAUGGACAACGUCUCUGCCAAGAAAUUGCUUCUUGUUGCGGCAGCCGCUGAUGCAGCUGAUACAGUGAUGGAAUUUUUGCGGCUGAUGGACAAUGAAUCGCAAGACCCGGCCAUUCUGAAUUCAGAGGUCCACAGUUUUCUGCGCAAUGUAGACAUCCAAUUUGGACAGCCAGGGCAAGUCUUCGACGUGACUGGAUACAGCAAGCAUUGUCUAGACCUGUUGCAAGCAGAGCCUGGACUCUAUGUCAAGCACAGGGGUCAGCAGAAGAGGCUGAGGGUGUCUGCGGGCGAUCGCCGUGCUGUCCUGGAAGCCUUCAAACCGUGGGUUCAUUUGUGUCAUGAGGCUUGCGAGGCUGAGUUUCCGCAUUUCCAUCUCUUCUCAUCGAUGAGCGUCUUGGAUCUGCGAUCUGGUGGCCGGCUAACAGAUGACAGAUAUGCUUGCCUUCAGCGACUAGCCGUCGCCUUGCAAGUUGAUGAGCAAGGGCUGGUCUCCGAGUUUGACGCUCUGCGGCCAGUGGCCAUGGCAUUCCGAGAACAGCAAGAUUGCACUAGCAGGGAUGCGUGGAAACAAGCAUUCCGAAGAAGCCAAGCAUCUUCUGCUUUGAGGGAAAAAUAUGAAACCAAGAAUUUGGCCCCUUUGCUUCAAGCGCAUGCCUGCUGGACCACCUCUAGCUCUGGCGUGGAGCAAGCUUUUUCCAAAGCUGAGAGGAGCCAUGGAGCUAAGCAUUUCGGGCCAAAGGCAGCCGAUUCAGAGCGUCGAGCGAUGGUGUGCUUGACGUACAAUGACUCCCCUGCAGCGUCUUUGGCUUCUGUCGUGGACAAGGCCCGUGCUCUAUAUGCAGCAAGAGUAUCCAGACACCUUGGCAAAUACCAAAGGAAGCGCCUAGACAAGGGGGUCAAGACAGGUCCUCGAGCAAAACUUGCCGGCAAAGUCGUGGAGAAGACUUGGAUCAAGCGUAGGCGGGCUUCUGUCAGGGCAGCCGCUGCAAGCACUUCAGGGCAAAAACCUGUGGACCACGAAGUUGCGAUAGCCAAUUUGUCACAGAAAGCUCAGAAGGAAAUUGCCAACUCGCGAGAAACGCUUCUGAAGAAGAAGGUGGAGGCGCGUCGUGAUGGCUAUUUCCUCGGCUUGGGUGCCGCGGAAGGCUUGAGCUUGGAGCAGGCAGCUGCCAAGAGAGCCAGGGAGGACGCCAAAGCAGAUCAGGCCAUGCAUUUGAAACGGAAGAAGCAAGAAUCCCAGCUCCUUUCCACAACGAAUGCGCGCACAUGGAGAUGGCAAUCACUAGGGCCAGCCAAGGCAUGGUUCGCCACUGGAUUGCCUCCCACGGCGUGCGCCCCAUUGCUGCAGGAGCAGGACAUCCGAGCUGCCUCUGUCUUUGUUGUGGACGAUUCAGCUAUUCCCUCGAAGGCUUAUUUCAUGGCCGUGGCAACUGGGGGCUGCAUUUUGUCAUACUCCUUGCUACUGAAGCGCGCCGGCAUCAAAUCUCAAUACUGCUUGCAGAAGUUGGAGUCUUUGAAACGGAAGUGGCCCACGCUCCACUGCACGCCAGACUUCAAGCAACAAGAGCCAGCCAUGACUCAUCUCCUGAGGUGGGCGGUUUUUGAGAAGAAAAUGUGGUCUGGAGUAGCCCUUGAAAAUGUGCGGAAAAAUACGAUUUGCCUUGUCAAAGACAAGACCGUGCCCCCAGGGUCACCUCGCGAAGCCGGGCCGGUCUGGCUCUGCGAGGAGCCUCGCGAACCCGGCAUUCCAUUGGUGGCUGGACUGCGGUACAUAGCCUACCACAAGCCGCCCGUAGUUUUGCUGGAGCAAGUGACUGGCUUCUUGGAAAAGAAGCAUUGGCUGGCCCAGAAGAUGCUUCGCAAAACAUUUGCUGCUUGCGGGUACACGGUCCGUGCAAAAGUCUUGCAGACUUGCGACCACGGCUUGCCCCAAAGCAGACCCCGUCUUUGGGUCGUGGCCUUGCGAAAUCCCAUUGCCGAAUUCCGGUUUCCCAAGGCCUUGGGGAAGUGUCCUCCGAUUGAAUCCAUCUUGGACGUCGGCAAAGUGGGAGAUGAAGUACUGGAUUUGAGCAAGUUUGGCCCAAGCACUGCAACCGAGAAGCUUCGAACUGGCUACUGGAUCCUGGACGUCGCCUCGUCCGCUCGGUUCACCAGCAUUCCCAAGCAUCGGGUGAGCCCUUGCCUCACCCGUAGCCGGUGCAAAGCUCGUGGCUACUAUGUGCCCCGCUUGGCUCGGCGGCUGUCAGUGGAAGAAUUUUCCCAGCUGCAAGGCAUUCCAGUCAGCAUUUGCCGAAACAUGGUUCGAAAACUUUUGGCCGAGCACGCAAACGACAAGAGGUUCACCCAGGCCAGAUGCGAAAACGAAGUGGCAGCAGCAUUUGGAGAUGGAAUGAGCUUGAAUGUGCUUCAACGGGUCCUCAGUCGGGCACUGGCUGCGAGCGGCUUGUGGCCAUCUCAAGUUACUAGGUUGAACAAGGCGGAGCAGAACCAAGUUAAGAAGGACUUGGCCGAGUGGGAAGCUGAAAAUGCUCAGCUCCGGGAAGAGGCUCGAGACGAGUAUGACAGAAAGCACACAGAGGAGAAGAAGCGCUUGGAGAGGGUUUUCCAGGAAGCCAAGCACUUGAAGAGCUUGCAGAAGCAAAGCGCCAAGGCUAACUCUGCUCCCAAGAAUCCAGCAGACCCAGCCGGCAGCAGCUGUGUUGUUGGGCCAGGCCUGAAGGAUUCUGGGGUGAAUGAAGCCUACUUGCAGGGCUUGAAGAACGAUUUGCAGGUGAUCGCAGACAAGCUUGGCGACCUCAAGUCGGAGCUUCCCGUCCCGAUCGUCCAAGCAAACGAUGACAAGGGCGGAGUGCAGGAGCAUGCUGAGCCUUUCCACCUGGAGGAUGCUGGCAAGGCCCUUGAUGGCCAAGGUUUGUACAUCUCAGCCUGCAAUCUGAUGUGGGUUGAUCUGUAUCGCACAUCCAAUCCAUCGGUGCCGCUUUGCAGAAAGAGGGUGGAGGACUUGGGCUCCCAUUACUUCGGCUCGGGGCACUCUUUCUUUCGCUCGGUCCUCGAAGUUGCCGUGGUCAAGGAGGAGCUCUCUGACAGGCCAGCCGGUCUGAAGCUGAUCAGCCCGGAGGAACAGGCCCACGCCAUUGUCUUUGCUUGCGCAAAGCGCUUGAGAGAAGCCGACUGCAACGAGGAAGAGAGGAAGCAGUGGCGGCUGACUUUGUUGGGAAUUCCCACUUGCAUGGUGCUGUGCGCUGAGAAGGACAUUUGGCACAAGGCGAUCAGCCGAAGGCAACAGGUCAUGCAGGAGCAUGAAUCCAUGGCGAGGACAGCCUUCCAAAUGAGCGCAGAGCUCGUCAGUUUGAAGGCCUCUGUGUUGCGAAAAUCAGUUGUGAUUGAUUUGUUUUUUCCAGAUUUUUUACGCGGCUUUCUAGCAUCGUCAAGUUUGCAGGCCAUGCUCGAAUCUGUCGAAAACCGUCGGCUCCAAGACUCUGAAGUGGCUGCCCUGGUCAAGACCUACCCCAUCACAACUGCGAAGACUUCUGCGAAUUCCAACGGCGGCAUCUUCACAGAGUGGAACUUCACCGCUGCUGGACAUGUCAUGCGGCAGCUUGGCUCAGAUGACGAGGUCUUGGAAGUGAUCCGAGUCUUGGAGAGCAAGCAUGGACUUGACAGCUGCCUGAACAGCUUGGUCAAGCUUGAGAAGCUUGCCACUAAACCCAGUGGCAAAGCUGCCAGGCGCUGGAUUUUUCAGAUGCUCUUGGACCAUUUGGAGCAUGGGCUGGCAGAGAACGAAGACAUCAGCAAGAAGGCGUUGCUGGGAGACAAGCACACGGCUGGUCUCGUGGUGUUGUGGGAGUGGAAGAUGAAGCUUCUCAACUACAUCUGUGACACCCUCAUGCUGCAGGCCAAGAUCUCAGAGACUGACCGGGAGGCAAUCAAGUCCAGAUGCCGGGAUUGUCCUUCAAUGCGGCAAGCCUGUGAAGACAGCGUGCAGUGGCAGGCUAGCAUGUCCAGGUCCGGGCAAGAGGCUUUGCGUUUCUUCCAGGAUGUGGUCUUCCUCAAAACGUUCGACAACUUGUUGAAGGGCAUUUGCGAAGGAGUCAGCACCAAUCCGGAGGUCGUCUUGGAAUUGGACUCCAUCAACGAGCGCUGGCAGCAGGUCAUCGCAAUGCGCCAGAACGAGCUUGCCCAGAACCAGGCAAAGGAAGCGGAGCUCAGCGACGGUGAAGAUUCUCAAGAUGAGGAGGCUUUGCUGACAGAAGCCAGGAUGUACUUGACCUUCGUCACGGAAGGCAAGAAUGAUUCUCAGUUGCAGCUCCAAGUUUCCCAAUGGCAAGCAGCGACUGGCUUGCAGCCUGAAAUUGGAAAGAAGACCCUGUUGGUGCACCUCGACACCGCGCUGCUUGGAGAAUCUUCUGGCCCUCACUGCCAAGCGGAGCUCCGAGGCAAGCGCUGGAAGCCAGACAUUGACCUUGUCGAGAAGCUUGCUGCUUGCCCUUGCAUCGCCUUGGGGGCACAGUCAGUGGAGAAGGUUCGUUGCUCUGUGCCUGCCGAAGGGGUUGUGGUGGCUGUGGUAGACCCGCUGAGCGUUGGCCCCAAGCUCUUCAAGGAAGCUUCCAAGCAGUCUGUGUGGCUGAUGUUCAAUGAGAAAUCGGUUCGUGAAAGGAAGCAGAUCGUCAGAGCGGGCGCCUACAGCCAGCAGAUGCUGUGCAACCUCUACAGUGAGAAGCCAUUGAGUUUGACCAUGCCCGAGGUUGAGCGCAAGAUCUAUCCCGGCUUUAGCCACGGCGACGUCAUCGGGUACAUUUCUUGCUUGGGCCCUUCGAAGCUUUGGCAAGUUCCCAGGAAGGACAAGCUCGACAUCCUUGGCAGCCGGCACGUGUUCAUUCCGGCCAACUCAAGCCAGCAAGGCGACGGCCAGCCGGCAGAGGAUGCGGCAGGAGCUGGAGAGCUUGAGAGCGUGUUCAGUUGCUCCAUGCUGCUGGUCGAGUACUACAUGGAGAUGGUCCAUUCCCUGAGCUGCAUCGGCAUUGUCGACGCAUCUCCAGCACAAGGAGAGCUCCUGAAAGCAGCGAUGUCUUCUCGCACUCCUUGUCUUGCAAUCUGCGGGACGGAUGGACAUUGCAAGAAGCUUGAGAUCAUGUUGACGGAAUACAUCUACGAAGAGCAGCAGCGGGAUGGAUCCACCUACUACAUCCCUGAGAUGACGGUCAAGAGCCAGAAUGACGAGCCCAAGCCCAAGUCAAAGGCCAAAGCAAAGCCGGUGACCAAGAAGCGCCCCAAGAAGAAUGAGACGGCGCCGGGUGACGGUGACGAGGAGGCGGAGGCCCAGGGCGAAGAGCCUGAGCAGAAGAAGCCCAAGACGACGAAGAACAAGACGAAGAAGAAGAGUGUCGAAGACGAGGGCGCUGCCUCUGACGGUUCAGGGUCGAGCAUGGCCUGGUAG